AUGUGACUUAGCAUUGCUUGAGGCUCAACAGGUAGUUUACAUGCUCUUUCUUUAUUCCAACACUUUGACCUGCGAUAAGUCGAGCAUCCGAUGCUCGGGAUACCAUUUGAUCAAGAGGUUAUUUCGACUUCCUUUAUAGAAUGCAUAGUUAGGCUCAGAGCUGCAUGCAUCCAAAAAAGUGGGUACUAAACAAAGAACAUCACAGGUUGAAAGCACAAACUGAUCCCCAAGUACUCCGCGAUGAAUAGACUUUUGCUUUAAAAGAAUAUGAACAUGAUACCAAGUUGCAUCUUCUGCACUGUGUUAGUCCUGCUUUCGCUGCAGCAAACGACAAGCACCCAUGUGACUGUAGGGGCUGUAAUAGAUGGCACAUCUCGUGCUGGAAAGGAGGCAAAUGUUUCCUUGCAGAUUGCUUUAGAAGAUAUCAGCAGAAAGGCCGAUCAAAGAUUGGUGUUGCACAUAAUCAACUCCCGCGGUGAACCUGCCCUGGCAUCUCUAUCAGCCAAAAGAUUAAUUGCUGCCAGGGAAGUUCAAGUCAUUAUUGGACCACAUACAUGGCAAGAAGCAUCACGAGUUGCAGAAGUCAGUAACCAAGGUAAAAUUCCUAUGUUCUCACUCGCUGAUGUGACUCCGAUAUGGGCCAUGGAGCACUGGCCUUUCCUUGUUCAAGCCUCAGGAACCAACCAGGAUGCACAAAUGAAAGCUGUGGCUGCAAUUGUGCAGUCUUGGGAUUGGCAUAGAGUCAACAUAAUAUAUGAAGAUGAUACUGUUUCUGCCUUUGGCAGUGUCAUCCCUUAUCUCAAGGAGUCCUUACAGGAAGUCGGAGCUGAAAUAAGUAACCUUGUACCCCUCGAAUCUGUUAUAGCUUCAUCGUUGGUUGCAGAGCUCACAAGGCUAAGAGAACAGCAGUGUAGAGUUUUUAUUGUUCAUACAUCUAUGAAAUUGGCCACUCGCCUCUUUCAGAAAGCAAAAGAGUUAAAGAUGGUGGAAGAAGAUUAUAUCUGGAUUGUCACCAACUCAAUUACCGAUUUUUUCCACUCACUCGAUCUUACCACCAUUCACUCAAUCCAAGGGGUGAUUGGAGUUGAGAAAUAUUUUUCAACGUCCAGCAUAAGGUUUGCAGAUUUCAAAAGGCGAUUUCAGAAAAAGUUCAGCCUAGAUUAUCCUGAAGAAGGAAAUGAUCAGCCUGGGAUUUCAGCAGUGGAGAUCUAUGAUGCUCUGUGGGCAGUAGCACAUACAUAUGGAGGAAGGAAUAUGCAAGUUCCUAAGCAUAGAGCAACGUUUAUGGAAAAAAUGGCUUCUGUCCACUUCUAUGGGUUGACUGGUAGAGUUCAAUAUAAUGCGAGGAAAUUAACCCCAUCUCAUAUGUUCAGAAUUGUCAAUGUGAUCGGAAAGAGUUACAAAGAACUUGGAACCUGGUCCAAAGGAUUAGGUUUCUCAGAAAGCAUAGGCGAUAAUGCUGUCUACAACUCUUCUAUGCAAAACCUGGGACAAGUAAUUUGGCCCGGGCAAUCCUUGUAUACACCAAAAGGAUGGGCACUUUCAAACAGCUCUGGAUUUUGGCGAAUAGGUGUUCCUACUGAAGGCAUGUUCAAACAAAUUAUAAACAUUUCGUAUGAUCCGCAGACUAACAAUUUUACUUUUACUGGAUUUGUAAUUGAUACCUUCAGAGAAGUCAUGGUCAGAUUGCCAUACCACGCACCAUAUGAAUUCAUCCCCUACAAUGGAACAUUUGAUUCUUUGGUUGAACAAGUUUAUUUGAAGAAAUUUGAUGGAGUAGUUGGUGUCAGUGUAAUAGCCGACAGAUAUAAAUAUGCAGAAUUCACACGUACCUAUACAAGGUCGUCAUUGACAAUGUUAGUACCUGUCCAAUCAGAAACGCCAUCUAGAUCUUGGCUAUUUAUGAAGCCCUUCACAAAAGCCAUGUGGCUGCUUAUAUUGGCCAUAACAAUCUACAAUGGCUUUGUCAUAUGGUUGAUUGAGAGGAAACACAAUCAGAGACUUCAAGGCUCUGCAACGGAUCAAGCUGGAAUCCUGAUUUGGUUAUCCUUUACUACUCUCUUCUCUUUGCAAGGCGGAAGACUUCAUAACAAUUUAUCACGUCUAGUUGUAGUGGUCUGGCUAUUUGUGGCAUUGGUUAUCACACAAAGUUAUAGCGCAAGUCUUACUAGUAUGCUCAGUGUCCAGAAGCUUGAAGCUAAAGUUUCUGACAUAGACACACUGAAGACUAGUAAUGCUGCAGUGGGGCAUACAAGAGGUUUUUAUGGUAGAUAUUUAGAAGAAGUUCUGGGCUUUAAAUCUAUCAACCUGAGGAGUUUUAGCUCGCAAGAAGAAUUUGCUAAUGCGCUUAAAACUGGAAAGAUUGCAGCAGGGUUUAUGAAUGAUACUUAUCUUAAGCUUUUUCUUGCCAAGCACUGUAGAAGCUUUGUAGCAGUAGGACCAUCAUAUACAGUAGGGGGGCAUGGAUUUGCAUUUCCAAUGGGUUCACCAAUAAUAGCUGAUUUAGACAAGGCACUGUUGGAAGUCACUGAAUCUGGGAAGCUUAGAGAACUAGAGGACAAGACGAUUGGAGAAGAGGGGUGUGUAGGGGUGGACUCAAGUAAUGAUGAUGAAGUCAGUCUAAGCAUCGACAGCUUUUGGAUAAUUUUCUUGUUCACAGGGGGGACGACCACAUUUUCUCUAGCGAUCUAUGUUCUGGAUAGACUUAAAGAAAGCUGGAAACAUCACAAGUAGAAACUAGUAGUACUAUAACAGCAAUAUUAAAACAUUGGAGGCAUCAGAGAAGUAGAUUGAAGAGAAAUCAGUGAUCCUUGAUUCUUAAUUGUUCUAAUCGAAAGAACUUGCUAGUUUUAUCAUAUUGUAAUUUUAGGCAACUUCAGCACAACAGGCUCUCGAAAAAGUAACUGAAAUAGAAAAGUAACGUUUCAGAUUAUAUUAAAAAGACCUCGAGUUUGUCGUC